AUGGCACAAUACGGAUCAAAAGGUCUUCCUCGAAAAUUGUCAUUAGCUGCUUUAGGGGCAUUAUCAUUACUUCUUUUAAUAACUUAUAGUUUUUAUCAACGUGAAGAUGAAUUGGUUUCAGGUCAACUCAUUUCUGCAGUAGAACCAGCACAUAUACUUAAAAGUCCAUUAAAUGGACAACCAAUUCCCCCUAGUAUUCCUGAAACUCUUGAGGUUGAAGCUGCUCCUGUUGUUCCUGCUGCUGCUCCUCCUCCUGCACCACCACCUCCACCACCAUUUGAAAAAAUUGAAUAUUCUCAUCCUCAUUCAUCAUUUAAAAGAAUUGAGUAUAUUAAAUCAUCCCAUUUAAAACAUACCACCAGUCAAGAUACCGUACUUAUACUUGUCAAUGUUGGACAACAAUCACCAUAUGGUAAAGAUAGAACCAUUAGAGAUUUGUUUGCUACUAUUGAUACAUUAUAUGCUCAUCAACCAGUUGAUCAAUUUUCUAUUUCAUUUGGAUUUUUAUGUAAUGGAUUAGAAGAUUUUAGAGAAUUAGUUUCAUUCUUUGAUGAAAAAGUCCAUUCUUUAGUUCAUGAUUUAGAUUUUAUAUCUAAAGUUACUCUUUUAACUAAUCCUGAACUUGAAGCAAAUGUGGGAUUUGAUAGAGAUUCAAGACAAAGAGAUGAGGUUCAAAGAUUUAGAAGAAGAUUAAUUGCUAAGAAUAGAAACUUUUUAACUUCAUCAGUAUUACGUGAUGAAGAAUAUGUAUUAUUUUUAGAUGCUGAUAUUUAUAAAUUUGAUAAUCCCGAUAUUGUAUUAUCUACAUUUAUAAAAUCUAAAAAAGAUAUUAUAGUUCCAAGAGUUGCAAGAGGGGGAAAUAAUGAUUAUGAUAAAAAUAGUUGGAGAGGUGAAAGAACAAAACCAUCAAGUCAUCAAUUAAAAUUAUUAGAUGAAAAUAAUUAUGAUGAAGCUGCUUAUGUUCCAAUGGAUGUUAAACCAAAAAUGUUUCAUUUCCAAAAUUUCGUGGAACAAGAACAAUAUAAAGAACAUCAUGGUGAUUUAACUUAUAAUUUUGAAUUAGAUUCAGUAGGUGGUGCCGUAUUAUUUGUAAGAUCGAUUGUUAUUAAAUUAGGAGUUGUUUUUCCAACUAGUUAUGUGGUUGGUACUACUUGGGAUAGACCCGAAGGUUAUGAUGGUAUUGAAACUGAAGGGUUAUGUUAUUUAGCCAAACCAUUAGGUUUCAAAUGUUGGGGUUAUCCAAAUAUUGUAGCUCAACAUAUAGAUGAUUUCUAA